AAGCCUAUUGGUCCAAUUUUUCCCCUGCUGCCACAAUACUGCAGACACGUAACCAUCCUGUUUUUAGUCAGUUUAAGCUUGCACUUAAAAUACAAAGCUUUGAUAUUUGCUACCUACAUAAGCACACUUUUAAUGUCAUCUUGACAAAACCUCUGCUCGCCGAUUCGAAUCGCUGGAAGUUGACCAUGGCGGCUGCCACGAGCAGCAAUACAUCCACAACCACGCUUCAGAUAAAGCAUUCCAGUAUCGAGCAUACGCGGAAACGCAUAGACCCUCGGAGGAGACAAGCCGCACUCUCUUUUCUCAGUAACAUUUCUUUGGAUGGUCGACCGGUGCAAGAUGAUGCCGACAAUCAGAUCGAAGAGGAUAAUUCAAUUGAGUCGAGGACUAGACAGAGCCUGGUUUCUGCAGCAGAGCGUCCGCUGUACGCGGCUGGCAGUGGCACAGGGGUAGCGACCCCCACCGCCACCCAGGCGCUCGCUAUUGCAAACCAGGCUCUGAUUGCUAACGCACGAGAUAGUUUUGGGAUUGGUCCCGCCGCUGCAGCUCAAGCGUGUACAGAUCCGGAAGGGGAUGCUUUCGGCCCUUCGAUUUUCAGUUCGCCUUUCUCUGCAGUACCAGCCGCGAUUAGAGGCAGGCUUCAGACCUACACUCAGGGAGUUGUGCCUGCUGCCUACUCCAGGCAGGCUUCCCAAGGCUUCUGUUUGGAGGGAGGACAGAUAGCCAACUCUGUCCUGGAGCUGCAGAGAUCAAGACGGAGGCUCAUCUCUCAGCGAUCCUCCUUGGAGACACUGGAAGACAUUGAGGAGAACGCCCCUCUACGCAGAUGCAGAACCCUCUCAGGUUCACCCCGACCAAAGAGCUUCAAAAAGGUCCACUUCAUCAAGAACAUGAGGCAACAUGAUAUGCGCAAUGGAAGGAUAGUCCUAAUCAGUGGCAGAAGAUCCUUGUAUAGUGUAUUUUCUGUCCUGCCCUAUCGAGAUUGUAGCCAAGCAGGGGAUGUGAAACUGGAAAGCGGGCGGCAGCGUCACCCCUCAGGCGGGGUCAGUGCCAAGGAGAUGGUGAUCGGGCUGGAGGGAGUGGAGCUGGGGGCCUAUGGAAAGACUGUAUCAUACACCCAGUUCCUGUACCCCACCAACGCCCUGGGCAGCGGACGCAGGAACACCAUCGACUCCACUUCAUCCAUCUCUCAGUCUCGUAACGCCAGCCACCGCAGCCUCAGCUUAGGCCGGGCCAACAGCAAUCAGAGCAGCAUCGACACAGGGAAUGAUCUGGGGGACUUGAUCCGGGAGUAUGACCCCAAUCUGUUGGACGAUCCCCAAUGGCCGUGUGGGAAGCACAAGAGAGUCCUCAUCUUCCCCUCCUACAUGACUACAGUCAUAGAGUACGUCAAGCCUUCUGACCUCAAGAAGGACAUGAAUGAGACGUUCAAGGAGAAGUUCCCCUACAUACGGUUGACCCUCAGCAAAAUCAGGAGUCUGAAGAGAGAGAUCCGUAAAUUGGCCCAGGAAGAGUGUGGCUAUGAGGAACCCACCGUAGCCAUGGCCUUCGUCUACUUCGAGAAGCUGGUCCUCCAGGGGAAACUCAACAAGCAGAACCGCAAACUCUGCGCCGGUGCCUGCGUCCUGCUUGCUGCCAAGAUUGGCGGAGACCUCAAGAAGCACGAGGUCAAGCAGCUCAUAGACAAACUGGAGGAGAGGUUUCGUGUGAACAGGAGAGAGCUGAUAGCCUUUGAGUUCCCUGUGCUUGUAGCCCUGGAGUUCAACCUGUACCUGCCUGAGCACGAGGUCAUGCCCCACUACAGACGCCUCAUCCAGACCUCCUAGCAUUAGUGACCCGUCAGGGGGAGCACCUAGACCAUGCCCUUCUGAUCCAGGACCAGAAUCUACACCACACCCUCCUCCCCACCCCGCCACUGGGUGCCACGACCAUGUCUCCUCUCUGCAGCCUGGGGAUCCAUUAUGGACCGUGAUGUUGGAGCUCCACUACACUCCACUGCAGGCCACAUUCAAAUGUUCAUUUUCAGAUCAAGACUUGAAAGCAGCCAAAGUGACACGUAUUUCCAUACACGUAUUCUUACUUCAACAUUUUUCUCAGACUUUUACUCCUACAUUCGACACUAGCUACAUCUUCAAAAGACUUACACUACCAUUCAAAAGUUUGGGGUCACUUACAAAUUUCCUUGUUUUUGAAAGAAAAGCGAAUUUUUUGGUCCAUUUAAAAUAACAUUAAAUUGAUCAGAAAUACAGUGUAGACAUUGUUAAUGUUGUCUAUUGUACUAUUGUAGCUGGAAAUGACAGAUAAAAAAAAUGAAAAUGGAAUAUCUACAUAGGCGUACAGAGGCCCAUUAUCAGCAACC